CGAACUGGACAGCCGCCAGUCUUGCGAGAGCCGUGCGCGAGAGCGGACGUCGCUCGUUUCAACGUCGAUGCGCUGCCACGUGAGGGAAAAGCCAGGAGGAAAACUCGUUUGCACGCCGCCCCGAUGAGAGACAACAACAUUUUCUUCCCGUUUCUUCCCUCGCGUUGUGGGCCCUCGCCAUCGCGUCGAGCGACGGAAACGCUGUGGUGAAUUGCUCCGGAAAUGUGUGGAAACGGAAUCGCAACGGAGAUCAGUCGCGGCCGGAGUACGCGGAGGUGUGCUUGACGAGAAAUCCACGACGUUCCACCACCAGGUCGACGAGAGCUGCUGGAUUUCUUCGCGCGUUCACGUCGUCGACGGCAACGAAAUGGAAAAACGAGACUGACGAGAGCCGGGCCGAGAUCGCAACGCCGCUCGCGACGUUUUCCGUCGAGUGCGAACCCACCCGCUGCUUAAUCAACUCGCUUCGUUGACGACGAGCGACGAGAGAGGAAAUAAAGGAUCGAUCUUGCUGCGACUUUGGAGCGACGGGAGGAGGUGAAGGAUCGAUUUCGCGAACGGAGCGAGGAUAAAUCAGGCAUCUCUCGUCGUGAUGCUGGGCUGCGCGACGCGACGCAACAAGACGAGACAAUCGCGACUAACACCUAAGAGAUAUCCAUGCUCUUCUUUCGAUCAAGCGCGACGACAUCGAGGCAACGCGAGCAAUACGGAAUUUCGCGGGUUCGCGCCGAGUAAACGCACACACGUUGUAUCAUCCAUCUGAGUGUUAAUCGCCCUCGCAUUCACUCUGAAUCGCGUCCCACAGGAUCGAACGGGGCCGUGCACUCGAGAAGAGAGAGAGAGAGAGAGAGAGAGAGAGAGAGAGAGCUGGGGGAAACAGUGGAGAGAAAGAAGAUCGUCAAAGGGGCCGCGAGAAGGAGUUAGACUCGAAGAGGAGCCGAGGAUUCCUAUUGAGCCUCGUAACAUCUCGCGCGGGGAAUCUCGCGCGGUUCUUCUCAAAGCUUCACGCCGGCGGAUCCUCAAGGCACUUCCGCCAAGGUGUGAACACAGCUAUUAUGAGAUCGCCGGCGGCGGGGCGGGAGCUCGGAGUAAACCGCGGGUAAAAAGUUGCGGUGCAGUCGCGCGGCCGGCCGAGCGACGAGAGCGAUUCUUCUCCGCGAGCGUCCCGGAAGGAUCCCCGGAAGGAUCUCACUGCCGCGCGCACAUAUUCCAGCGCCGAAAGUUUCGCGCGGCCUGCUGCAACUGCCGGGAGGGGGAGAGAGAGAGAGAGAGAGAGUCCCCCCGCCGCGCCGCGCCGCGAGGAGGAGGAGGAAGGAUCCCGCAAAGGCGCGGAAAUCCUGUGCUCGCGAGUCCAACUCCAAAGUCCGUAAUGCCGUGAAGUAAAAAUCCGCUCCAGCGGAACAGCGUAAAUCGUAUCGGCCGGGGCAUCGUCCUCGGAGCUCGCCGAAGGGGAAACUUCCGCGGGUCGCGCCAGCGCAAUUUUCAGGAUCUCGCUCCUCCGUCGUUAUCCGCGCGUAAGAGCCGAACAACUGCCACAGGGAGUACACGCGAGGGAAUACCGCCGCACCGGGUUCUCGCAUUGUUAAUUCACUCGUCCUGCGGAGGAGCGCGCGCGGCAGAUCGCAAUUCGUGACUGCGGCAAGCUCUCCGGAAAGGAGCCGUCGUAAGCCGCGCGCGAUGCAUCGGACACGAAGGAUUCUGCAGAGGACGACGAGCGAGAAGACCCGGCGAUCGUAGACGGAGGAGGAGGAGGAGGAAAAGGCAUCAGGAAAACGAAGAGGAGGCGGAGGAGCAGGAAGUGAAUAGGGAAUUGCGAAUAACAGGCAGAGGCGAGGAAACGCUCCAGGAAUGCCGUGGAUAAAGUGUUUGGGUGGUGGAGGCGGGAAGGCCAGGAGGGGCAAGCCACUCAGCGUCAGUCAACCGAUCCACCUGCUUGUCAAGAGCGACUUUGAACCACAGUGUCACGUGUUCCGCACCAAGCAACUGCGCAAGCCCAGACCAUGUCAUCUGUGCCAUCAGGCGGUCAUCAAGCAAGCCUCCUGCUGCAGAGUUUGCAAAUACAUCUGCCACAAGACGUGCGAGGACAAGGGCGCGCGGUUCCGAGACACGUCGCAACAAAUCCACAAACAAUGGCAAGCCGACCCAGCAAGGGCAUUUCCCACCGUCGGCGGUAUCGCUGCGAAUUCGCCCUCCCCCGCAUCCGGGGAGCUCUCCACGCCAAAUUCCACGCCGAGCCCUAGCCCUAGCCCGACUAAUCAACAAGUCACGCACAAUGGCGGUUACGAGACGCAGCCGAAAAAUGUUAACAACAUCGCCAGGAGCAAGCAGCAACCGGUGCAGACGUCAGCGCUGGCGUCAACGCCUGCGAGGACGCCGGGCGUCGGCGCGGAUUCGACGAUGACGGGGCCGGGAAAGGGCGGAGGUCGCGUGACGGAGGUGAUGGAGCUCUGUUACGUCACCGAGAGGAUCAUCGCUCUCUGGUACAGGGAGGAUGCGCAGGGUGUCCUCGAGCACGCCACGACUCUCCUGCGCGGGAAACACGCCGACAAUUACAUGAUCUUUAAUUUGUCGUCGCCCGGCCGACCGGGCGAGCCGAACACGAGGGAGGCUGGAUGGCCGCAGGGAUUAGCGCCGAGCUUGGAAAGACUGUGCGCCCUGUGCAAGGAGCUGGAUUCCUGGCUGAACGGCGCUUCGAAUCGCGUCGUCGUCCUCCACACCAGGGGCAGCAAGGAGCGGCUGGGUGUGGCGGUGUCCGCUUACAUGAACUACAGCAGCAUCUGCGGGGGACGCGAUCAGGCGCUGGACAGGUUCGCCAUGAGGAGAUUCCUCGACGACAAGAUUGGAUCGCUGCAGGUUCCGUCGCAUCGAAGAUACAUCGAGUACUUCAGCGGACUACUGUCGGGCUCUCUGAGGAUCAGCCAGUCACCAUUGUACCUGACCCACCUGACCGUCCUCGGCGUGCCCCUCUUCGAGCCGACCGGCUGUCGAGCCUUCCUCAAGGUGUACGAAGGACUCACGCCAGUCUACACGUCGGACCUGUACUCGGUGACGAACGCGCGUGAAUUCACGGUUAACCUCGGCGGGCUUCGGCUGAGGGGCGACAUCUUGGUCAAGUGUUACCACAGGGUGUACUCGAAGCAGACCCGUGAAGUCAUGUUUUCCCUCCAGUUCCACACUUGCGUAAUUACGGAGAACGUCGUGUCCUUCCCGCGAUCGGAGCUCGACGUCGCCUGCGACGAUUCUCGGUGCCCGCCCGACAGCGUGGUGACACUCUACUUCGCCACCGACGCGAAACGUCAAGACGGCCCAGUGCCGGCGCCGACGCCCGCCGUGCCACACGCAUCGGCGCAUCACGACCCCAUCCUGCACUGGGACAGCUACACGAAUCUCGAGAUCAGCGACGACGAAGGUCGUGAGACUCCAUUAUCACCGCCACCUCCUUCGAGCUCUUCGGUUCAAACCUCACCUCGUGGCUUAGGUUAUACCUGUGGUCCCAUAGAUGGAUCCUUGUACGCGGUGGUUCACCAGGGUGCUGCAGGAGGUGCCCGCGGCUCGCCACUGACGGUUUCCAUGGACAGUGGCAUAAGCAGCGCGCCGCCACAGAGACCCAGCCCGCCAGAACCCGAGCCGGAAAAUCAGACUCACGGGGACCUCGACAAGCUUCUUCAUGAUAUGAUGCUGACCGUCGAGUCCAUGCCAGAUCCUCCGGCAGAGGACUACAACCGCGACCGCAGCGAGAAGAUAUACAUCCAAGAGACGCGCAGCUACAGCAGCCACGGCAGCAGCCACCCGACUUCCACGUACUCCACCCUGAAGGACUCGUACAGAAGCUACGGGGCCGGCAAAGAGUCCAGCCCGCCGUACAACUCGAGCAGCAGCUACAGCACCCUGAAGAACGAGUAUAGGGAGUCGUCCAAGAGCGUGGAGCACCGGUCGAGGGACGACUUCGAGUACCGCGCCUCUCCGGACCGGAAGGUGUCCGAGUCUUCCAACGAGUCUUACAGGAAACACGCGGACUCCUUCUCGCCGCCGGGUAACAUCGACUUCAUCGACGAGGAUAUACCGUAUCACGCCAGGCAGACCAGCCAGCCGUUCUCGUACGGCGCCACCACUGAUAUGAUAAAGCAUCAGAAGCUGUCGUCGCCCUCGCUGGUGAGGAAGGCGUCCGUGCGCAGCGCGGCACCGGUCGUCGACUUCGACGACAUCCUCGGCGAGAGCCCCAGAAGACCCAUCAGCCCCCUCAGCUCCAACACCCCAGACCCGCCGCCGGAGUUCGCGAACGGGCCCAUGAAGAGCGGCACGGAUCACAUGGACGGGUUGUCAUGGCUGAGACAACAGCAAUUGAAACUCGCCGCUAGGAGAGAUGAAAGGAGUCCUGGCAAGCUUUGGCGACAAGAGACCGGAAACCGUGUCAUCGGCGAGCUCAGGAGCCUGCAGAGAGGGAGAUUAAGACACGACGGCUACGCCAGCGACUCGGCGGUCCUCGACGACGAUGACGACACGUGGAACAUGGGUUCCGUUUCCGGACAGCCGCCGUCGAGAGCUGCACCGUACACCUCCGCGCCAGCUAGUCCUCUACUUCCGCAGAGAUCGAGCAGCCGGAAGUACAACGGCAGCAUCGGAAGCGGCGCCCUCCUCGGUAGACCGCGCGCGGAGAGCAUGAACGAACGGCCGUUCGUCUCCGUGAAACGCGCGUACGAGUACCGCAAGUACAGCGACAGUCAGAGCCCUCCGACAUCCCCCUGUGCAGCCUUAGCGGCCGUGCCACCUUUAGGGUUAGCGACGAGCCAGCAAUCGAGCAGCAGCAGCAGCAGCAGCAGCAACGUCGAGAGACAGCAGCAGCAGCAGCAGCAGCAGCCGCCUCCGCCGCCGCCGCCGCCGCGGCCGGAAUCGCGCAGCGACAGUUUCGCGCGCGCGGACGCGUUGCUGCGCGAACACCGUCAGCAUCAGCAACUGCAGCCCAGCCACGGCAGCAACGUCCACGAGCAACCCGAGCGGAAGCAGGCCGCGCUCUCGGCUGCGGAAUACGCGAGCUCGGCUCGAAACGCGCGGCCCGAGUCGCGGAGCCGCGUCGUCGCUUAUCAGAGUGUCAGGAGCUACAGCUCGGCCAGCAGCAACCAGGUGGACCAGGUGGACGGCGGCCUGUUGGCGGUGGUCGAUCAGCCUGCUGACCCUCUCGUGAGCCUCAUUCAGUCUCUAGCCGAGAUCACGCCGACUCGCGCGGCCCCGGCCACGUCUAAGGGCGAGGACGAACGUCCCGCCGCUGCCAACGACGCGGCGCUCGCGUCCACCCCCAUGCCCGCCAGUGCGCCUAGCAAUGCCAUUAAUCGCUCCCCUAACCAGUCGCCAAAAGCAUGGCAGAACUGCAUCCAGCCGCACAAUGACUCGGCGUCAUCGUGGACCGAGAGGAGCGUCAGCCCCGGAAGCGCGGUCGUCAGCGGUGCCUCGCGGCCGCAGACGCCGGCGUUUCCGGUCCACCCGCGGACGCCGUACGUCAACAACGCCUCGCCGACGGUGACGUUCGCCAGCGACCGCACCUACGUCACGUCCAACAACAGCUACAACGUCAACAACAACAACAACAACGUCAGCAACGAGGCCGGCGGCAACAACAACAACAACGUCGGGAGCUACGGCGCCGAACGAACGAUAUAUAUCGAAGAACGAAGAGAAGCCUCCAAGGAGACGGGGCUUCCACCCAAGAGUCCGACAACACAGCGACGCUUGAGUUUCCCGGCAAGCGGGCCGCUUAAACAAACGCAUAACAAACGAUGGCCGCUCACUAACCAAUCGGCGUCGUUCGACUAUAGCAAGGACCGACCUGUUUCUCCGGUAAGCGAAUCGACGAUGUCGCAGCCGCAGGCUGUUUCGCGCAGCCCUGGAACACCGACCCACGCUGAAUUCGCCCAGAGCCCCAAGAGACACGUACUCGAGCGUCGCUUUCUUUCGGAUUCGCAGAGCGCUACGUCCUACACUUCGAUCAACAGCGGCGGCCAAUCCUCGCCGCAGGUGCAAUAUUACGGCUCACGACGCUCCAGCGUUCACUCCAACACGGAGCCUCAGGAGGUGGCCGACGUCAAUGUGAAAUUCGUACGCGACACCAGUAGGAUCUGGUACAAGCCCAACAUAUCGCGGGAGCAAGCAAUCUCAAUGCUGAAGGACGCGACACCCGGCACUUUCGUGGUGCGCGACAGCAAUUCGUUUCCGGGCGCCUUCGGGCUGGCCCUGAAGGUAGCGACGCCACCUCCAGGUGCUCCCAGCAGUCCGCGGGACCCAUCGAGCGAGCUCGUCAGGCACUUCCUGAUCGAGCCAACAUCGCGCGGCGUCAGGCUGAAAGGAUGCGCCAACGAGCCGGUCUUCAGCUCUCUAUCGGCCUUGGUUUACCAGCACAGCCUGAUGGCCAUGGCUCUGCCUUGCCAGCUGCUGCUACCCGAGCCGGAAGCGGCCGCCAGAGCUUUGGAUUCACCUGGUACUAAUAGCACUCAGCAGCUUCUCGCGCAAGGAGCAGCCUGCAACGUUUUGUACCUUUUCACGAUUGACACGGAGUCGCUGACCGGGCCGCAGGCCAUCAAGAAAGCCAUCACGAGCUUGUUCGAGCAGAAACCCCUGCCGGCCGCUACGAUCGUUCACUUCAAAGUCUCCACGCAGGGCAUUACCUUGACCGACAACGCGAGGAAGCUGUUCUUCCGCAGACAUUACCCCACGAAUAACAUAAGUUACUGCGGCUUGGACACCGAGGAACGCACAUGGGAAUUCGCUAGCGAAGACACCAGCAGACCCCUUAGCGCUCAUCGCUGCUUUGGUUUCGUAGCGAGGAAACCCGCCCACAAAUCGGACAAUCAGUGCCACGUGUUCGCCGAGCUGGAGCCAGAACAACCGGCCACAGCCAUCGUGAAUUUCGUCAACAAGGUCAUGAUGGGCAGCUCCAUCGUCAAGGCCAACAUCGUCUAAGAUCCGCCGCAGGAUCUACAGCGCACAUGCCGCCAGAAACGGGCACAAACACCACCGCGAGUUCACUAAUAACGGUGCCGCCUUCAAGGUUGACACCGACACAUAUCCUUAGCGCAGAAAGAGAACAAAGAAUGCGAUUACACCAGUGGGAGAGCGGUCGGACAUAGCGGGAAGAAUGAUCGAUAUAAUCGACCAGCAGGAUCGGGCUAUUCCGCCGACGCGUGGGAGAAACGCGCGCGGAUCCUUCGGAAGGAAGAUCCGUCGCCGGCGGCUGCACGAGUUAAUCAUUAUCGUUAACUGACUACACAAAGUAAUAAGUCUUCGUGCAUUUCGAGUAGCGUCGAGUCAGUAGGACAUUCAUGUUGUAAGCAGUAGGGACGACAUAAUAAUCGGUAACAUCGGGAUAAAUUAACGCCGAGGAUCCCCUCUCUUCCUCGGACGAGGAGAACGAAGAGAACGAGAGGCGACGCGCGCGCGCGCGCGCGAAUCGAUUCUCUCUCUAGCCUCGCGCGAAUAUGCAGUCAAGAUGAAGAAAGUUGUUGUUAUGAUUAUCGUUACUGUUGCGAAUUAACGUAGCGAAUAGUGCAGUAAUAAGUGGGACUCUAAGAGAGGUAAGAUGGUCGAGUGUGAUUGCGUCGCCGCGACUCGGAUUUGAUUUCACAUGGAAAAUCGUCCGCUGUGUUUUUCAUACAUUACGUGUAACACGUUAUUUACCGUAACACAAAUCGAUACUGUCCUUAACGUACCGUUUUACUAUGCAGCUCUUAUUACCCCGGAGAGAAACCUCGCCCUUUUCUUCGGGACUGUCUUUGUAAUAUAUAUAUAUAUCCGAACGAUACUAAUACGUCUUCGCUCCUUUCAAAGCAUUCUCCGCGUGGAAUUCGCUGUGUUUUGUAAUUUUGCCAUCUUCCCCCGCUUAGGACACGAUCGGUCGCUCGAUCAGCCGCAUGCGAACUUACCGAUAGCUCGUAGUCAUAGUUGAGGAGAAUCAACCGUGCCCUUCGCGCGAGCUACGAAGGGCAUCGAGCAUUCGAAACGAGCGUAUCUCGCGCGACUUCGGUUUCGGAAACCAUCUCUACGCACCGCGUAUAAACACGAACAUACUUAUAUACAUUCUUACACCAUACAUGUAACUAUCGUCACGCGAAGGAUAACCAAGUCGGUCGGUGCUCGCGCGUUAACAAUCGACCCGCGUGUAACUUACGCCCAGGAGGUAUCCGCAGGAUCUUUCCGUUUCUGCACUCGGAAGUAAAGAGACCUUUACUUCCGAGGCGACUCCGGACGACCGAAAGCCGAUUUCGAAAAACCGCACGAGAUCACGAGAGCAACGAAAAUGUCCGGAGAGCUGAUCUUUAAAAAAGCAGCUUCGAUCGAAGGUUCGUCCGGCGGCGAACAGGUCGUCCGGUAACGCGCGAACAUCUUAGAUCCAUAUAUAUAUAUAUAUAUAUAUAUUUUAUCUCGUUAUACUUGAGACUCUCGAGUAAUGUUUGACAGAAAAUAUUACGUCGUUUGCAGAGCGUAUUAUGUAUACAUACGUACAUCUCAACACACGUACACACACAUAGACAAACAUACACAUUAGGUAUCCCCCGUGUCAUGCCCCCUCGAUGUACGAAAGGAUAACGUUAUAAAUAACUGUAAAUAUGCCGUGUGUCGCGGGAUAAAGUCGCCUUAAAAGGAGGCCUUGAGGAGACACCUUGAGGAAGACCGUCGCGGACCGCGCGCGAGCGAUCCGCGACGCGCGGGAAAAGCAAUGCUACGUUUUAGGAUCAGCUCGGAGAGAUCACGCAGGUGUGCGGCAGGUCGAGAGAAAUGCGGCUACUCGAGGAGGAGUAUGCACGUGACGAGCAGCAUCGCGCGUAUUCUUUCGGCGAACCCGUAGAUUCUUGCCAUUUCGGGCUCGUGUGCCGUCGAGACCUCGGAUGAGCACGACCUCGACGGGCACGACGAUGAGCAGUCAAUUAUUACGAUCGAAUCAAUUACAUUGUAAUUACGACAAUAUGGCGGGGUGAGGAGGCCGGGGCUACUCGUGGCAGUAGCCGGCCUGCCUCUCGGUACCCACCGUCGACUUCUUCGUCUAUACUUUCACGUUCUCUUCUACUUUUGUCUUCCGGGCGAAGGUCGGUGUCGGGACUUUGGCGUCUCUUCCGCUCUGCGAGCUCCUCCAGCCGAUUGCGAGAGGAAGAGCUCGCAGUCGCGCAACGUGCUAGUCAAAAUUCGUGCUGUAUAUUCGAUGGUCAAGCGAAGAUGGUCCUGCGGGCCCAUUCCGGGCCCUUUCACGAGCGUGCGACUACCUUACGCGAAGAAGGCGGACUCGCGACAUUCGCGGAUUCGAGGCCCGUAGGUGCGAAUCGGACGUCGCUGAAAGAGACGAGGCUGUCUCGCGCUUGAGAGACCCGACCGUGUCUUCCUUUGCGUUCUCCUUUCUCUCUUCGUCCUCCUCCGUCUGCCCCUUCUCCUCCGUGGACUUCCUUUCGUACGCGCCCAAACUUGACUAACAGCGUAAUAUUAAUUUAACAUUCAGUCAUUAUAAUAAUUAUUAUUAAUAUUAUUAUUUGUUUACGCUCUAUUACUCCCCGUACGCUCACGCAAUAAUGUAUCGUUGCGUGCCGCAUGGGUACGCGCGUAUAGUUGUAACAACAAUAAAUCAUAUUCACAGUGA